GUGCAAAAUAAAAAUUAUGCUACAAAUGUAAGAGACAUCUCGGUGCUCCCUUUUUGAGCCCAGUUUUUAGAUGUUUAUCGAGAGAGGGUCUGGGUCAAAAAUAGCGAUACGUACGUCCUUAAAGCAAUUGAUUGAAGGGUCCUUGGGCGCCAAGGAUAUCCGGUGACUUCGUAGAUAGAUGACCAGAGGAGCGAGCUGUCCGUAGUGUGUACAUUCCGCAAGCAUCUCAAAUGUUCAACCUGUGUGGCUCGUAUUUCAAUUGUGAGCGUGCUGAGGACAGUAAUGUUUGCUUCUUGAAGCGGAGAAUGAGUAAUGUUGCGUGGAGCAAAAACGAUGAACGCUGAAGAGUUUUAUGAGGGACUCUCUGCCCAAGAUAAAGUUGCAGGUAGUGUUUGCUAGUGCGGACAUAUCAGUGUUGCGUAUUUUAAUAUUUUAAACCUGUUGAUACAGAACCCGCACGCUUUUGUAGUAUCAUUCGCGCACCGUAUGCAGGUUAUUCAUCAUUCACAGCGAGUCACUGCUGUGUACAAAAUAUUCUUAGCUUCUUAGCUUUCUUAGCUAGUACAUUUAGGGAAAGUCUAAUUAGGUUGUUCUACGAAGCGAAUCAAUUAUCACAAGCAAUAACUUUAGCGACGCUUUUAAUUUCGCAGUGAUAAAAUUUGCCUUGCCUGGUAUCGACACGUUUUUAGAAGACGUUUUAGAGCAAGAAAACCUCAGCGAGAAAGGAGAGAAAAUACGGCUCGACUUUGUGAAGAUUUUCGACGAACUCGGGUCAACUGCACACGUGAGAGAAAUUGUUACUUCACAGAAUAGCGAGCAAAAACAAUCGCCAGGAACUUGUAGGAGGCGGUCAAGGGAUGACGACCUUUACACAACACACAGUUAUGAAAUACAAACGCAUUGGGAUGAGCGAGAAACAGCUGUUGUAGAAGACAAGGUAUUUAUUUAUUUAAAUAUUUAAUUUUUUUUCGAUAUGCUUGUUUCGAGUUAUCACAAACUCUGGUAUAGCGUGAGUAAUCGCGCGCUUUAACUCACUACAAAUCCCUAAAUAAAAAACGUAAAUUAAGUUCAGAUGUGCGAGGUUACUUCGCAACCCUCACAUGAACUCUGCCUUGCACAUGUUUUUAUCCUCCUCGACAAUCGCAGUAGUUGGUCGUUUUUUUCCCCGAAGGUAUUUUUUUAAGCUCUUUGCGGAGCGAUUGCUGUUUUGAGUGACAUUGACCUGUUUGACAAUAUCAAGAACCGCAAUUCCGAUAGGACAAUUAUCUUAUUCGGUCGUUGAUCGGAUAGGAAACCAACUAACCUUUGCUAAUAGUUUCCCACCGUCGAAAAACAAGCCUGGGAAAAGAUGGUUUGCAAGAUGGCAAAUUCCUAAACUUGUAUGUAAGCGAUUCGCUUAGCCUGUUUCCCUUUGGUAAUGCGUUCAAAGGAAGUGGGCCAAUUAUCGAAAUUGUUCGCAGGAAACAUAAAAUUUACAAAUUUAUGUGGGUUUCCCGGCCUCCUUAUUGUUAUUUCUUCAUUCUUUACUCAGGGAAAAUACCUUUAACGUGGAGGUUAUUUUUGUACCAUAUUGAUCAAAUUUUGUAGUGUUCAACUUUAACAUAGAAGUACAUUAAAAUUAAUACCAAGUACUAAAAAACGUGUUCCAGAGGAAUGCAUUUCAGAUCGAAUAUUGCGUUGGUUGUGGACCGCGAAUGGAAUAUUUCCGCUUUAGAAUAUUUCGAGCAAAUUAUUUCAAAUUUUGUGCACGUAGCAGCCCUUUGUUUAGUAUAACUGAGAGACAUUCAUUCAUUCAUUUCAUAUCGGUUGGAUCGAUUUCUGUUUGUAUUAGUAUUGUGUUUAUCUCCGAUAGACAUAGCUUGUGUGGUUCACGCAACCCUGACCUUUGCGAGAACAAUAAAAAGGGAUUUAUUUAUAAUUAAUUUUCAAUCAAAAGAUUUACUUCAAUGGAAGUUCAAGGAAAGUUGCUUGUGGUUAAGGUGGAAGAAAAUUGAUUGUUGAAUGUGCUCGUGAUUGCGCGGUAGGAGUUUUUGUUUAGAACAUAUAUUUUUUCGCUUGAGAAACUUUGCACUGUCGCUUGGCCCAAAGGCUCCGGCCCAGUGCUGAGACAGAAAGAUUAACCCAGUUAAUCAUCCUGUUAAUCGUGGUUUUCGGCGCUUUUUGAGUUUUUCUUUUUAAGAAAGGGAAGCCCGAGAUGUGAUUACUGUUUUUUUCUUGGGCCUCCUUUUCUUGAAUCCUCCUGCGAUUGUAAUUUGAACGUUUUCCCUUGAAAGGCUUCUUAUUUGAUGAAAGCGAUACAUAUCAUUAGUCUGGAAUACUGAAAUAAUAACAUUUCUAACAACAGGGUUAAACUAAUAUAACAAAAAUUAUAUUAAUUUAAUAACUUGCCUUCUUGACUCCUGAAAAACGGUGCGUGGUUUUUAUAUUGACAAAAUAAUUAUUAACUGCUAGGGCAAUAUCAGAAAAUUCUUCUUGACUCAGUGAUACAGCAUUUUAUUGCCAAAUUAUUUUAAACUUUGGCUAAUUAAAGCUACACUUAAACCAAGAAAAAUUGUGAAGUUAAAAUAUCAAAGAGUUCUAACUUGGAUUUUAAUAAACAUUGUGUUUUGAAAGAAAUUAUUUUUAUUUAUUGUUUUUAGAAGGAGUGACUGUGAAAAAAGAUUUUGUACCAUUUUCAGUUAGUUAGAACUUAUGCUCUCAUUACACAUAUUGCAUUUCUUACAAAAAUAUUUAUGCUAAGCUUUCAAGAUACAGAAGAUACUUGCCUCCAUAAUCAAUCACAAGGUCAAAGAGUAACUUAUACUAGUAACAUACUUGUUCAGUGGUGUGAUAGUCUGUCGCAUUCUGUGCAUAACAUACACAAUACUGGAAUAUUACUGAUCUACCAUAUAUGUUGUUGACAAUUGAGUCAUUCAGCUGCAGUUAAUUGAUUGUGUACUGUUUCAGCAUUUGCUUUUAAAAAAUCACUAACCUGCAGUCACGUCCUCUCUAUACCUCUAUAUAUAUGUGUCUCGCAAGUUAGUGUAGAUAAUUGUGGGGCAGUGAAAUAGGACUCAAGUAAGGUCUACAUGCAGGAACCCUUGCUGCAUCUAGUCAAUAGCAAGCCUUCUGCUCUAAAAGGAAACUGUAAGGAGCCCAAUGUUCUGAAGCCGUGAAAUCCAGGGUGCCCUGUAUAUGAUCUUAAUGCAAUGCAAAUUCCCUAGUUGCCCAAGAGCAAAAGUUAGGCACAAGGGGCCUUUGAGCUAGUGCACAGCCCUGAAUAAACUCCACUGUAUCGUUCUACACAUAUAAACAUAGCUGUAUCUUUCUAGUUUUGGGAAGCUCCUUAUUUCAUACCAAAAUUUACAUGUACGUUGUCUACUAGACUUCAAACAUGUUUUUGCCGGGCUUUAAACAUGCAGAAAGUCCAACUGAAAAAAAGAAAAACUGUGUAAUUGAACCUCCAUAAGGUGAUGAAGCUGCUACCCUCAGGGUACCAGCAAGUGGCCACUUAAUGGAGGUUGGCCGCUCAAUAGAGAUUCAUCAUAAAUAAUAAAAAAAAAUUAGCAUAAUCUUUAGCAGAAACAUCACUUUGUUUUGAAACAAACGUGUGACGGGAGAAGUGUUGCAGGUCCAAAAUUGGUCAUCGCCUUCUAUCUCGACCAGACUGUAUUUUCCUUCUCCAUAUUCUUGAGAUAAAGCCAAACUAAUAAAUUAUUGUAUCUAGCGACUGUUGGUUUAAGCAAACUUCCUUUGGUGAUAUGGUUUUGUAAGGUAAAUCCGGCUGACCUCAAGGUUAUCUUAUAUUCACUGUCUGAUCUGAUCAGAUUCAGGAAAUACACUUAUAAUAUUAAAGUGAUAAAGUUCUAAAUAACUGAGUAUUAUUUAAUCUUGUCUCAUCAUUUCUAACGCAUCAUCUUACUUGUUGAUUACUGUAUACAGUUACUAAGGGUAAAUACCAUUCACCAGCAGGAAAGUUCCAACAAUUCACUAUGCCGAAAAGGAACAGAUAGCACGGAGGAGAGUGGCAUCUUCCUACACAGUUCAUCAUUUCCACAGUCAGAUGAAACAGUGCUUAAAAAUACCCUCAAUCUACCUAUGUUAGAUUCAGUAGAUGCCUGGUCAAGAGACUCGAUCAUUUCAGACACUGGCAGCGCAGAGUUCGAACUCCUUGAUGCCUGGGAAAGUGAUGCAAAUGGAAACGAGGAAGGCUAUUUCACAGAAGACAAUGUUUUUGUUGACUACUCAGUUCACAAACUUGACCUACAGCCAAAUGAGUUGGGAGAUUUCCAUAGUGGUGUUCUGUAUAUAAGGGAACAUCCUGGCUGGCAUAAAAGAUGGUUUACUAUUAACAGUCACUGCUUAACAUGUUUUCGACACCGUUCAGAGACUAAGAUGUUGUUUCAAAUCCCACUGAGGGGUGCAAGAAUCAUUCCAACGGACAGAAAGAAAAGUCGCAUGUUCCCAAUUACUUUGUCUAUUCCUAGAAUACGUGAGACUAUCACUUUUGCAACAACAGAAGAACGUUCUAGGCAAGAGUGGGCUUAUGCUGUGAGUUAUGUUAUUUCGAGACUUGCUGAGGAUGAGGAUAGUCCUGACUUACCGGAAAGCCACUCAUUUGUUUCUUUUGAUACGUACCUCAAACUUGUAGGGAAAGAAUCAGAUCCAGAUAGAAAUAGGCUUAGCAUUGAAGCACUUGAACAAUCUCGACAAAGAAAGCUCUCAGGCUGUCUCGAUAUUCCCAAAGUGGUGGAACCUCAUUGUGUUAGUAAGAAAGAAGGCAAGGAGAGUACACAUUCAAAUAUGUUUGACUCAUCUUUGGCUCAGUGGAAAAUUGGACUUGAUGAUGAAGAUGAGGUGCUUGUAAUGGACGAUGAUCUUGCUCCAGGUCUGAAUGAAGAGGAAUCAUUUAAGGAGCUGCAAGAGGUAUAAUUUUACUGAGAAUGAGAUUUAAUAAUAGCUAAUAUUCUACCUAGAAAAGCAACAUAACCUGCAGACUUGCCCACAAGUGGACUUUUUAUAGCAAAAAGUCAGCUAAAAUGAGCAAGACAUAAGCUGCCUCACUCAGGUUCUGACACUACCAAAUGAUUUAUGAUAUUUGUUAUUGUAUUAGUGAGUUUUAGGGUAGCUAUGAUUACAACAAUUGCAAUCACAUUUUAGUAAUAAAUGCAUCUCUUUAACAAAUAUGGAAGGUUUCCAUAAGAUUACUAAGGUAACUGCAAUCAUUUAGUUCACUGGACUUUUUUUAGUGAUCAAAUUACCAAGGUUUUGUUGAAAAAAAUUGAGGGGACAAUUGAAAUGGAAUUGACAAUGUGGAUCGCUAACAUUCAAACUUACUUCUCACUUAGGGCAAAAUGUUGGCUUAGGGGAGGGGUAGGUGAGCAGUUUCCCCGAAAUGUGUAAUGAUCCGACAAUGCACACCUUUAAUAAUUAUCCGUGUGUGUAUUGCCAUUUUGCAGAUACUUCCAGGUAUUAUACAAGGAUGUAAGAUGUCAAGUACUGGAGGGAAAAAGAAAAAGAAGGUCACCAAAGCUAACUCCUUAGGAAAAGUUGGUAAGUUAGAAAAAUUGUUGAUAGGGGUGCUGACUGUGAGCACAGAACUUGUUUACUUUCCAUACUGGUAGCAUCACGCUCGGUUGAGUGCCCUGUGAACAGGGUUUUCUUUACAGUGUUGCUUCAUAACUGUAAUUUCAAUAAAUUUAUUUGAUUAAUUUAAUUUUGUAAUUUACUGUAGGUUCAGAAAUCAGGACCGGAAUUAGCUUCAUGUCCAUGACUAAUAGUGAAGGGAAGUCAUCUUCAACCUCUGAUCUUCAAAUUCCUGACUCAAAAGUGAAAAGACAUGGCUCCUUAGUGAAUUCUUUGUCAUCUAAAGCCAUGCGUGUAAAAUCCAGGAUAACAGGAUCUUUCUUUAGUAAAGGUACGUUGUUUGAUUACCAGGGUUCUCGUUAUUAAAAGUCUAGAAGGGUCUGGGAUGUAUAAGUAGGCGGCUCUCAGGUAACUGAGCGCUCUUUUGGCAAUGUCAUAUUAUAUUACACUGAGACGUUAGGUAUUUUAUCUGGUACUGAUAAAUGGUAAAGAAAAGUAAUACAUGAAAUGAAAAACAUAUUUAAUGUUUUAAUACACUUAGGUCGCAAAGACGACAAAAGCCCGCGCGAUUUGUCAUCAUUUCAAAGUACCACAUUCUCUGGAUACUUACUUCGAAAGAAAGGACUAAACUGGAAAAAUCGUUGGUGUGUAGUAAAGGAACAUCGGCUUUUCUGCUACAAAGACUUCGGCAUCGGUACAGCGGAGCUGGAAGUCCCUUUACAAGACACUUCAAUAAGAACAUUGGAAGAAAACGAUCCAGAAAAACCACACAUGUUUGUAUUAGUUUGUGACAAGGAAGAGCUCUUUUUUGCUGCUGAAAAUGAAGCUGAACUUGAGGAAUGGAUCACGGUUUUAAAGGAUGAAAUAGAGGCCAAAGAACGUUCAUCUGGUGAGCAGUGUUUUAUUUUAAGAGGAAAUUUUCUGUUUUCUAUAAUCUAUUUGAUAUUUAGGCUGUGGACUUCGAGCGAUCGAUCGCAGAAAAACAGCUGCCUAAUUUAGGCCGAAUUCGGCUUGAGAACAAUUGCUCUCCUUAAAAGCAAGUCUCAAUUUGUAUGUUUUCUUAUGUACUUACCUUUUAAGGUCCCUGUUUCAGCUUGUCAACGUUUGAUAAUUAUGGUUAGGUUCAUUUUUUUUUCGCUCACAAUCAGAUAAUGUCGAUAAUCAACUUAUCCUACUGUGCGUCUAGCUCAGCGUCUCCCUUCCCGUCCCCACUCCCUCGUAUAAUCAGUCUGUUUAUCUGGGUUCAUCUGGGUAAGCUUAAAGGGUGCGGUUCCGUUUUCGAAUUUCCGAAAGGAGGGGUUUCUUUUCGGGAUGGAUGUUAGAUAUUCUUUCGUUGAUGAAAAAUUAUAUCGUGUGCUUCAUAUUACGUCCUGUAGAUUAAAAAUAGCCUAAAGAGAGCGGGAGGAUACAGUGGUUCGCUCCGACUUCAAUCCUCGUCUAUGUGUUCAGUAUCAUCACGACAUUAUAUCGCAUUUGCAACAUAGCAUAUCCACGCGAAACUCACUAUGUGAGAAUAUCAUUGCCUGCUUGUCCCCUCCCCGCUAAAUAUAUAUUUUCGUCAGAACUACCCUAACAAUACACAGAGGUCAUUAUGAUAAAGAAUCAAUUUCUUUGAAAAUGUUUUUGGUGUAGCUCUUAAUAACGUGUUCAUUUAAUAACGCUACUUUCUUUUUGACUCAAAGUCUUUUUGACUGCUAUAAGAGCUACUGCCACGUGUUUUCGACAUUAUCCUCUAACAUGGGACUCCUGAUUGACAACUUUAUUCUCUCAACUUCAUUGAUUGUUUGAAAGAGUACUGAUAUUAUUUGAGGGUGGAUUGUGAAAUUAGUCAGGCCAUAGAAUGUGAAUAUAAUAUACAGUAAAUUGGUACGUGACCAUCGAUUAAAACUUAAACACGUACAAGUAAACCAAAAAAAACUGUUAAUACAGUGAAGAUCAUUUAAACCGGACAGUUUAGACCGACGAAAAUAAAAUUUUCGCCCAAUAGGAUGAAGAAAAGGAAGAGAAAUUUGGCCGCCUCAACCCGGCGACAACCAACACUUGUAUCUUCUUAAUUAAGAAACGGAAUGACGUAAGUGUACACAUCGGAGCCGCGUAAGUGACGACAAACCGACCGGAACUGGCGUGAACCUACGCUGUGUAUAUAUAUAAACGAACAAAAGUGUAACCGACCAUUUCAACAGCACAGAAAUAACGAACUAAAUUAUGUCACGUAUAUAACAACAGCUAUCAAACAUUUUGGCCUUAAAAUGUUCGUUGUAAUGAGAUUACAGUUUGCUAAACCCUUCGCGAAAUCUUGCCUCGCAGCUUCCCUUGGAGACCCAGCGGAGAGAAACCAGUCAACGGCUUCUUUAUCAGCGAAACGCUCUGAUCUGACCUCUUUAGGGAGCCCUUCAUUGUCGGAGAACAAAGCCAAGGAAUCUGGUAAAAGAAGCAAGGAUCUUUCACCUGUUAUUGGCAAAAAGUCGUCUAUUCUCAGUUCUUUAGGCCAUAAACUAACCAAGUCAAAACCUAAAGAUGUUCCCAGUGGCUCGCUUCACAUUCCUCCUGCAGAUCUUAGCGCAAGUAACAGCAUCGAAGAUGGGUUCGUUGUAGUUAAACAUGCAUCUAACGUUGACGGCAACCAAGGUAAGCCGGGUUUUAAUGGUCUUAUUAAAAAAGGGUAAACAGAAAACUGGUUUUACAGCGUACCGCAACUUCUUUUUCUCGUGAAAAUGUGUCUCAGAUUUAUCACGAAAAGGUUGGGAAUGGCAUGAACUUACUUAAUAGCAAAUUUUAGCAAAAAACCGGGUUAACCUGGCGAGUGACUUAGUUUGACAUCCUUUUUCUAAGGUCACCUUUUCCGUUCGGUACAAAAUAAGAGAGACAGUUCUGUCCAUUAAUUAUAUGAUAGACCAGGUUAAAUUUGUUUUUUUUAAUUGAUCAGCACUACCUCCGAUACUAAAGGGGUAAAAAUUGUGCACAGUUAAACGCAUUGGGAAACAGAGAUGUCACACGUGAAAGAAUUCAAGAGUCAAGAUUUUUCGAGAGUUUCGCGUUAAAUCCUUUGCCUUCCCUUUUCGUGUUAAUUCGGCAUCACAUUAGCACCGUAAUUAUUCAAGCGCAACAAAACAUGGGCCUGGUGAGUACGUGACAAAUGGAACGACGCCAACGCACGUCAGUAUUGUUCCGUGUCCUUCUCGCAUUCUCAGCCCACCUGUUGAACAGUUGUGUCUGGUUGAGGGAGUUAAAAGUCUUCUCUCCUUCUGUUUGUUUUGUUUUCUUUUUUCUUUUUUUCAUUUUUCUUUUUUUUUUCUGAUUUAUUUUAAUUUCUUUUUGUUUUGUUUUUUUUUGUUGUUUUUUUCUAAAUGAUAUUGCUUUUAUCAGUGCUAGAUAUUUGUACCGUUAGCUUGAAAUUUACUCUAAAAGUUGUGUACAGGAGUGAAACUUUUUGUAAAAAUUAUUUUCUGCGAAAAAAAAAACAAAACAAAGAAGUUAAAGGGAAAAGGGAAACUUUUGUCUGAUAACCUUGCAGUGUAAACCGACGUGACCUUCUUUAAUGCAGGACAAGCGAAGCAUAAAAUUUGGCUUAUUAAGUUCCAUCGCGUCUCUGUUGAAAAGAACUUACGUUGAUACCGGCUUAUUGCACGAGAUGUACUACUUCUUUUAAUCUAAAUUUUACACGCGAUUACUUGAUCGAGUAAAUACCGUUGAUAAAACAGCGAUAUAAUCUACAUCAAGCAUUCUGUAAAUCUCUUUAUAUAAGGGGUAACAAUUUCUCGGUAAUUUUUCCCUUCAGUAAAAGCCAUUAAUCCAGUCACUUCAAACACGCGUGUACAUACGUCAUAAGCUUUUUAUUUUGUGAUUUUCUUUAUUCCAGGUGACUCAACUGUAACAGAAAAACCCAGUGAAGUUGAAAGGCUUAAAGUGUCCUCUUCUCAUUCCAUGGAAGGUUUUCUAAAUCAACGUGUAGAAGAGGACACAUGGCUAAAAUGUUGGGUAAGUCAGCUUGCUCUCUCGUCUUUUCUUCCGUCCUUCUUGUUGCGAUGUUGUAAGGACGCUGCUUGACUGUAUUUGUCACCUUUUUUGAUGUGCGUAACGUGGUCAAUUUUCUUAAUCAACUUAAAGGGAAAAUAAUUAUCUAUACAACAUUUUGCCCGCUGUGCUUUUGUUAAAUUAUAUUUUAGUUUGAAAGCUUCAAUGUUUUGAUGUUACGGGACCUUGUGACUGGAGUUAUCAUUCAAGUAUUAACUUGAUCUAAGUCCGAGGAGUGAGAAUAUAAGAAUCUUAGUUCGCACAAAGUUGCAACCUUUUCAAAAGAUUAAACUGUUUACUUUGUAGGUUAAAUUGUUUCUCGCUUUCACUAGAGUCAGUCAAAAUUGAUAUAGUAGGGUACAUAUGUGGGAGUGUCACAUGUUGACGUUAACUUAGCUCUAUUAAGGAUUAAAAAGGUUGUAAACUUGUACUCAAAAUUGUAAUAUGAACGGCAUUUUAUUUUGCGUAAUAACCCGUUAUCUUCGUGCUGAACAUUAUAACAACAGUUUCAGGGUCAUUAUCAUAGCAUUCAUACUUGUUUGACUGAUAAUUUGCAUCUGCAUACUGAUGAUGAAGCUAAUUUGGUACCAGAACGUUAUUGGUUAUUAUUAUUAUUAUGUGUAGCCAACUGACAGGGUACACCUCUAAUGAUCGUUGUUCUUUUCUUUUAAGGUGAAGCUUGAAAACCACAUGCUUAAAAUUCACGACGAGAAAGACAGUACAGAAUCGGUAGUGGUUAAGAUCAAGCUAAGUAACUGUGUUGUGAAGGACUGGAGUGACGCACAACGGCCGUUUGUUAUGGAGAUUAAGAGAACCCUGGGUCGACCGCACUACUUACAAGCUGAGAACGAAACAGGUACUCAUGCUUUGCUUAUCGUCUUAGUCACACUGUAAUCGCAAGCACCCUAUCACCCUAAGACUUGUGCAUCUCCAAGGCCCUUUGUGUACUGAAUAAACUCACAGUCAUGCUUGUGUACCCUGUUACAGAGUACCUUAAGUGGAAGUCGUCGAUUAGUGGAUCAGUAGUACAUUCACCUAAAGUUAAUCGCAGACCAGUUCUAACCUGGAGCUCUUUAGAGUACGACAAAACAAACCAUAGACCUGCCACCUCGCUGCUGCUGAAAUCAGACUCGGUUGAUAGAGAUGAAGUAUUUCAAAAUUCAGAAGAGACAGCUGUAUCACAUGCAGCACAUCCUGUACGACCCAACACUCCUCAGAAUCCAUCACCACGGGUAAGAAGUCAUGGUUCUUUCGUUAGUAGGGCCAUUUUCAACUCAAGUUAGGAUUUAAUUCGCAAUAUUUCUUUCUGGCUUUGCAUUGAUUUGAUUGGGUGUCUGACAAAAAAAAUAUGGUAUUGUUUCACUUAAUCAACCAGGCACAAGUGAUACCGCAACUAGACUGAAUCUGACUCUUUACCGUACACUUGGCCUGGAUAAAACAGUAUUGCUGUUUCAUUAUUUUCAUCGUUGGGUAAACUAACAAACAGUUCUUUUCAUAUUGCAGCCAUCUACGGCCGGUGACGUGUCCAACUCAGAGAGUGAUGAUGGUGAAACCGCUGAACAAGCCAAACCGCAAGCUACUGAGGAACCAGUGGAGAGAUGGCGAUCGUUUUCUGAAGGAGAACAGGUAGUUUGUCCCUGGUUUCAUUUCUAGUGGUCCCACCGAGUCUUCAAUUUCUACAAUCCUUUUUAUUGAUUAAUCAUUAAUACGAUGAGAGGAGGUUGAAAAGCUUGACUUAAAAAACAGUUUGAAAUUACAGUCAGUAAAAAACGAGCUUCUUCCUCAGGAACUGCCUCCAUAGAAACCAGUGUAAAUAGCUCUCCAGCUAAGUAUUUUACGUGGGUUAAAUUCCUUGUCGACCGGCUUUUAGCGUUUUUAAAAGAGGAAUGACCAACGUCGAGGCAUAACGUGAUACAUGUUUGUAGCUGGUGUAAUACGUCCCCCUUUUCUUAAGAUGGCAAAUAAGAGGCUGCUGGCCAUGUAUAAAGUUUGUAGUUUCUUUCUCUUGUUGUAGGAAAAAUUUCGAUAGCGAAGCAGUAUUUUAACAAAGUAAUUCUUGCAAAAAUUCAAACCGGGAAUAAGAACAUUGCCGUUUAAGUGUCCUUGAAUGACAAAAGAACUCAAAAUUAUUAUUUUUAAAAAGAUUAUCUUUUUUUAAAAAUCUAAUUUACCGUUUUCCUUCCCUUCUCUAUACAGGAAGAAGAAAGAAAGACAAGAACUAAACUUCAUCGAUCAAUCUCUAAUACUAUCCCAGUUUUUCCGCGUUUUCCAGGCAAAAGAAAACGUCGUAGUCGAACUGUACCAAAUGUUCAAGUGUCACAAGAUCUUCUUGUCAAUAUCAAAUACAGUUCAUGCUUGUUCAUGCGAAACGGUAAAGGUCUUUGGAGUAAACGAUGGUGUGUGUUACAGGAGGAUAGAUUACAUCUAUUCAAGCGGCCAGAUGAAGUUGUACCGGUCCUUACGAUACCUCUUAAGCAAUGUGAAGUGCGGCGAGCCAACAAAAAAACUAAAAAGUUCACUUUCGAAGUAAACGUUCCCUCAUCGAGUGAGGAUUACUGUUUUGCGGCUGAUGACGAAAAGAAAUUGUUAAGUUGGAUGAGGAUGUUGAGAGCGAUAGCUGACGAAGAGGAAGAGGAAAAAAGGUUUGCACUUGAAUGUAAAUUCUUACUUUUAAAUUCCCAACUUUAUGCCGGAUCCUCUAAUAUGAUCGUUAAAAAGAAGAUUCUGGCUGCUCAAGAAUUUUCGUGCGGUGUUAUUUGUUUAGUAGGUUCUUUAAUUAAUGACAUUUGGGAUUUGCGCUUAUUUUGUUUCUAUGCAUUCUGUGAAGUUUAAGGUUACGUAGACAGAUUGCUUUCAGUAAGUAUUAUUUCUUACGCGUAGUUCGUAUAAAGCUUCAUUUAUUUUGAGAUACUCGUCAGGUCGGUGGAAAAUUUAAUUCAUUAUGAACAUGCAUAUUCAUGACGCCGCCAAUUUAUGGUAGUGGUACGUGGUACGUGGUACGUGGUACGUACGUAAAAAAGUGUACAUCUUGACUGCUUUGGAGCCGAUGGGACUCAUAAUUUGCAAAGUCACCAGAUAAAAGUGGACGUUUGCCAACAGUGUAGUUAUUUUUUGGAUACCUUUUAACCCUGGGGAAAUACACUUUUAUAAAUCACACAAACCGGCAAAAUUUGGAAAACUUGACUCUAUGAACCACAAGGGUGCUCUUCGAAUAAAACAAUGAAAACAUUACCAGUUGAUUUUACUGAAAAUGAUCAGUCAACCCCCCCCCCCCCCCCCCCCCCCCCGGGUUUGGGUUUUUUAAGAUUAAAAAACACAAAAAGGGGAAGGGUUUUAAAAAUAAAAAAUACCUUUCUCGUUUUGUUUUUUAUUUUUUCCUAUCUUUUCCUUAUUUUUUGCCACCCUUUUUGUUCUUUAAAAGGUGUAUUUUGCAAAAGUGUUGUUUUUUUUUUGUAUUCUUUUAACCCUGGGGAAAAAACUUUUUAAAAAAAACAAAAACAAGAAAAAUUUGUAAAACUUACCCUUAUAAACCCAAAGGGGGCUUUUUAAAAAAAAAAAAAAAAAAAAUUCCCUUUUAUUUUAUAUAAAAAUUACCGCCCCCCCCCCCCCCCCCCCCCCGCCUCCCCUGAGGUUUUGGUGUUUUACAAGUUAAACAAUCACAGAGGUGUAAGUGAUUUAAAGAGCAAAGUUUCCUUUCUGAUAGUGUUUUCUAUUUUUCCUGAUCUAUGCAUGAUAUCUCGCACACUUGUUGAUGUCAUUCUUCGCACCUCCUCAACUACAACCAUGUUAUCAUUGUUAUCAGUAACUAUUGAAACCACUUGUUCUUGAACAAUGAAUUUUUGUUCUGAUUGUAAUCUUUUAUUCUUCUCCGCAGUUUUUCAAAGGAACAUGGUGGAUCUAUAAACAGUGUGGCAGUGCAAGACACCCGCCAACACCACGAAUCAGAGAUUUCACAGCUUACAAGCCAUUCUACAGCUGUCACUGAGCGAAAUGAUGACGAAACUCUUGAACCAGUUGCUAGUAAUUCCGAGGAUCUUUACGGAGAACAACUUACCGUAAGUGACAAGACUGAAGGGUCAUCUUUACCAAGUCCCAUCAGUCUCUCUGCUACCGUGAGGCCUACAUCGCUGGAUGGUGUACUCAAACUCCUUCAGGAUCAGCAAUUAAUUCAACAACUUGGCCAACAAAAGUUCAACCAAGCUAAACGGGCUCAAAACGCGUGGCGAAGGUCAGCGGCUGCUGCGUUAAAAGAGCAGCGGUCUGGGUCCAGAACUGUAGAUGUGGAGAAACCCGAGCCUACAUUUCCAAGUACAGCGGUUGAAUCAAGGAGGAGGACAAAGUCCAUGUCAAUGGCUCAAUCACCAUAUAAGGAUAUAAUUCCAUCGUCACCUUACCAAGGAGCCAAUGAAGUCAUAGAACAAUUUGAAAAACUCGCCGAGGAGGAGAAACUGAGGACUUUGAAAAAGGAAACAUUGUUGAAAAAGAGACGAAAUUCACUCACGCUUGAGAAAGAUGUGUUGAAAAAGAAGAUGUCUAAACAGAACGAAAAGAAAAACACUGUCAAAAAAUUCCUAGGUAAAGAUGAAAUAACGAGCGUCGAGGACAAACAUCGCGUCGAAGAAAGACUUCAGCAAGUAGAUCAGGAAUUGGCAAGCAUCGAGAGAGACUUGAUGGAUAAUAAAAAGAACGAAGCGCAAGUUUUGGACAAUAUUAAUGUUAUGAAAACAAAAACAGUGAGAAAGCUAUCGUUUGUUAGCCGGCCGUCUUGCAACAUGGCGGAUCAAAGAAGAGAAGCGUACAAAAGUUCUCAUUCCGAAUCGUCAUCUUCUCAAGGUUCCACAGAAGAAAGACCUGGUAAAGAUUCACCAAAAGCACAACAUUCAUUUGAAGCUGCACGUAAGCAGAGCGCGGCUGUAUCACUGGCUGUGCUCGAGAAAGAACUGAGAAAAAUUUCUCCUGCUGGUGGCCGAAAAUUAACACUUAUCAAUAAUAACUACGUGAACAAAGAGAUGAGGUCGGGACGAGUAUCAGUGUCGUCAGAAGGCUCAGCUCCGGAUGAAUUCGCUCGUAAGGACUCGCCAAUAACCAACAAGAAAUGGACGACAGAAAAGCGAAUGUCUUCUGGUUCCGAUGGCUCCAUCGGCGAUCAGUCGUCUCUUCCGAAAGCAAGUUUCUCCGAUAGCGCCGAGUUGAGGCGGAAAAGAUAUUCAGCAUCUGGCUCACAAGUGGCAUUUCACAAUGUCUCUGUAGAAAUUCCUACUGAUGACGAAAACAAGCGGGAAGAAGGAAAGCAAAGGUUGUCCGUUACUUCCCAGAAAGGCCUGGAUGAAGGAAUGUCUCGAAAGUCGUCAGUUUCGUCAGAGAAAGGUUCUGAGGGCCACCGUGUCACGUUGAUGAAUGCCUUGUCGCAGAUCAAGGUACGUGUCACAUCUUUGUUAGAUUGAGGCCAGUUAUCCAUUUUAAGAAAAUGGGAGCCAACUAUUAUUUUCAUUUACGUAGGUUUUGUAGUGCUGGAACUUAAAAACCUGUUCGCCACUCUGGGGUUGUCCCUGUUUAUGGGCACUGAGAAUUAUCUUGUUCCACAGAAAAGAAUAAAUAAUAUGCGCAAUAAAUUUGACAAAAUUUUAAAGGUUUAAAGGGCUGUUAACUGAUUUACGGUAUUCACCAUUUUCUCGUAGAUCAUAAUGCACCUUGUGUACCCCCCAAACUUUUGCAUAACUAUUGUCUUCGAUUUUGAUGUAAUUUUUUUUUGGUGGGGGAGGGGGGGAGGAGUGGGGUGGUGGGGGGAACAAGGUGCAUUAUGGUCUAUGUAAAAAUGGUGAAUGACCUGCUCUUGGGAAUGUUUCCUUGUUGUCUUAUUAUUCGAUUGAAUCAAUUUUAUUCCCAAAGGGGAAUCCGUACAUUGAUUGCAGUGGCCUGACGUACAUUUGACUGAAUCGGCUUUCUGUUUUCCAGGACUUUGAAGAAUUUGCUGCUGUUUCUACAAGUGAAAGGUGGUCCAAAUGAAGUGAUGGUACGACGAAAGGCGAUUCGCUUGAACCUCAGUUUAAAGUGAGAACUCCCUGUAGAUACAUGAUGAUCCAAAGCCAAUUCAACUAUUAAUAAUGAUUUAUGCUAUUGAGACUAUAAGAUGUAAACUGAUAACAAAUUUAGUUAGGGUCAGAUAUGUUAGUGUUGUGAUAUGAAAUACUGUUGAUGAUUUACGUUGCCUCUUAACCUUUGGUGAUUCUGUUUUCAUUUUCUGUUAGCGGAUUGUAGUACAAGUUAUAAAAAAACUCCAGAUCCAUUUUUUUCGACACGUACGGAAUGCAACGUUUUAGUUUUAUGCUCCUUUUCCAUGAAAAGCCUGCCAAAGUACUAUCACUAUAUACAGUGAUGACACAACAAACCCAUUUUGCGACGUGCCUUAAUUUGUCAAAAUGUUAAUUAGGGCUUCACAAUAGUGCACUCUGAUGUAUGACGUCUCCAUGCAUCACAGAAAGAGUACUGCAGCAAUGUCAGAUCAGUGCCAGAGUCGGGCUUAGCUAAUUGAUAUUCUUACUCUCUAACGGUGAAUGGGUAUGUACUGUGCUUUUGCCUUUUUUUGUGUUUGUUAAUGUUGUUGUUUUCGUAAAGAAAAGAGAAAGAAUCGGUUGUUGUGGUCUAGGCCCUCUUGAAUGCCACUUUGAAAGGAAAUUUUUCUUGCUUCCUUUGUUAAGAUAUAGUCCUUCGUGGCCGUGUUCAAAUCAGCUACGAAGGCUGUUCCUGAUUAUUCAUAAGCUCAUUUUCGGUAAUACAACUCGAGAUAUUCUUCCUUUUGACACGGGUUUAGCCCUCGGGAACUGUCUUUAUAGAGUCUACUUACCAAACUCUGUUAAAGGUAUUGGUUAAAAAAGGAUAAACAUUAUUGAAUUGGACCAUUACAUAUUUAUUGAAACAUUUUUGAUAUUCUCUUGCUGUAAAUAACUUGGCUCGGCGUUAAAUCAAUACUUAAUACGCAUACGCAGGUAAAAAUAAUAAUGUGUACGAUAAUUGUGAAUUAUUUUGUGAAAUGACUUUUAAUCUCACGAAGAAGAACCUAUUUGAUAUAGAUUUGAUAUGAGUAUUACAAAUGCGAUAUAUGA